UAACACAAGUAGGGAAAUGUGGCGGGCGUAAAGAACACAACAGCUUGCAAUAUAUAUCCCUUUCAGUGUCGAUCGAAAGACCGUUGGGUUACGAAGCUCAAAUUCCUUUCUCUUGCUUCGAGCAAUGUAGGCUGAUGAAACGAACAGACGGCAAAAACUUUGUAUAACUGUACACAUUAUUCUACAUGGACAAAGACAAGUUCGCUGUGAGCCAUGACCCAUGCUCCUGGUUGGAGAUGCACCAGUUCAUUGGAGACCUGAUGGUGUCUGGGGGGGCUCUGGGGCUAAAAGAUGCCCCACCAGCAGGCUCAGCCCAGCCCAGACAGGUCCAGGCCCAGGCAGAGAGCAUUAGAGAGGCCAGAGACAUCAGUGGACAAGCUCAGCACCAUACCUGCACUUGCCCUGGCUGCCCAUACUCUUCCUCAUUUUCCUCCUUCCAGACCAUAAAGCCCAGAGGCACUGUGUCCUCACAGCCCGAGCCCAGCAGCACCUACAGCCCAGAGCUCAGUCAGCCCCAGAGUCAGGCCAAGGAGACCAGCACCCAGAGCCCAGCCCCUACCACUCUCACUACCCAGGGUACUUCUUCACCAAGCCCCCUGCCCCAAAUCCCCACCUUCCCUUGUUUCUGCUGCCGCCGGGGCUUCCAGACCUGCACCCAGCUACUGCACCACCAACAGGGGGCAGCAGACUUUCCCUUCUCCCAGACACACACCCACUACCACCACUGCCCACUUACCACCUGCCUGCCCCACCACCACUCCCACCAUGGCCUGUCCCCUGGCACCUUCCCCUGCCUGUCCUGCCAGCAUUCCUUCCCCUCCUGCUCCCAGCUCCUCCGCCACCAGCAGGGCCACAAACCCCCCCAGAACCAUGUUGGAGGGGUGACCACAGUGUCCCCCACCCUACACCCAUGCAUGCACUGUCCAGCCUCCUUCCCCCGACCCUCUCAGCUGCUACAGCACCAGCGCACCCAGCACGCUCACAAGGCUGGCGGCUUUCUGUGCACCGAGUGCGGGCGCGCCUUCAACUCCCACUCCAACCUCCGCAUCCACCUCAACGUACACACCGGCGCCCGGCCCUACUCAUGCCCUGACUGCGGCAAGAGUUUCAGCCAGUCGGGAGCGUUGAAGAUCCACCGUCGCAUCCACACUGGGGAGAGACCCUAUACCUGCACCUACUGUGGGAGGGGCUUCCCCCACCUGGCCGGGGUCCGGGCCCACCAAAGGACCCACACAGGUGAGAAGCCCUACCGCUGCACCCAGUGUGGGAAGUGCUUCACCCAGUCGGGGGCACUGAAGAUCCACACUAGGAUCCACACUGGGGAACGGCCGUUUGUGUGCAGCCUCUGUGGGAAGGGCUUCUCCAACCGCUCCGGCAUCCGCUUCCACCAGCGCACUGUCCAUGGGAUGGUGUCGGAUAUGGGAGGGGGUGGAGGAGCCGGUGGGUCCCAUAGGGGGAGCCAGAGUCUAGGCAGCUCAGCUGCUGUGGGACACCCCAGUGCCAAUCCAAACAGGAUAUGCAACAGCCCCCAUACUGACGUGUGCUCUAGCAUUACUCCUGCCCCGACCAAAAUCCUUUCCCCUGGGUCUCUCCUUGCUCCUCCAGGGUCAGGUCUGACUAUAACCUCAGACAAAGAGCCCCAGUUCCAGUCUAGCGGUGUGAAGAUCCCCUCCGGAAGAGCAGAACCAGACAGUAGCAGGGAAGGGAGGGCUCAGCUGUACACCUGUGAGGACUGUGGGCUGCGUUUUGGGGACGCUCCCUCCAGAAACAGACACCAAACUCUGGAGCACUACUCCACAGAAGGGGUAGAGGAGGAUGACCUGGGGGACACUGAGGGGGAGGGAGAGAUGGAAGCUUGAUGCAGUAGAUUGUUGGAUCAAAGGCUAAGGGAGAGGUGAGAACUGGAAUGGGAACAUGGAGAGGUGAGAAGAGGCCAAAAGCUUGAGGCUCAUCGAGGAGGAAAAUGUGUAAAGGCAUGUUGGUGAAGGGAGGGUGAGAAGACAAAGUAAAAAAUUAAGUGUCUAUCAAUAGGAUCUAUGACAUAUUUAAGAUUGAAUUCCACUUUAAAAGAUGCACUCCAGGCCUAAGGAAGUCUUUUGCGAUAGUUUUCACAUUUUGUGAGUCCAAUUUUCUCUUUGUCAAAAAAAGUCAAGUACCGGCCUCCUCUGUACUGCAGCACCAGCUGUGCCACCAGAGACCCUGGGUUCGCGCCCAGGCUCUGUCGUAACCGGCCGCGACCGGGAGGUCCGUUGGGCGAUGCACAAUUGGCCUAGCGUCAUCCGGGUUGUGGAGGGCUUUGCCGGUAGGGAUGUCCUUGUCUCAUCGCCCACCAGCGACUCCUGUGGCGGGUCGGGCGCUGUGCGCUAACCAAGGUCGCCAGGUGCACAGUGUUUCCUCCGACACAUUGGUGCGGCUGACUUCCGGGUUGGAUGCGCACUGUGUUAAGAAGCAGUGCGGCUUGGUUGGGUUGUGUAUCGGAGGACGCAUGACUUUCAACCUUCGUCUCUCCCGAGCCCGUACGGGAGUUGUAGCGAUGAGACAAGAUAGUAGCUACUAAACAAUUGGAUACCCCGAAAUUGGGGAGAAAAAGGGGUAACAAAAGUAAAGUACCAUGAUUAGGCUACUAAAGAUGAUAUUUGAGAGCUUUGGAUUAUUUAUUUAUUUUACUGGUUUAGCAAAAUCCACAGAUAACAUAAUCUCAAAUAUAUGACACUGUAAGACAUUGUCCCAUAGGGCAGCGCACAAUUGUCCAGCGUCGUCCGGGUAAGGGGUUUGGGCGGGGUAAGCCGUAAAUAAGAAUUUGUUCUUAAUUGACUUGCCUAGUUACAUAAAGGUUAAAUAAUACAUAAAAAUUAAGUGCAGAAGCGAGGAUAUGUUGUAUUUAGCAUCAUUAUGUAAUAUAUAUUUUGUAAUAAUAGAAACUGAUAUUGUAUGUCUAUAGGCCCUUAUACUUGUGUAUAUCAGUUUAUCUAUUUAGCUCAUUGUGCCUUGAUCUCAGAUUAGAUCAUUCUAGUACAUAAAAAAUACAUAUAUUUGCAUAAACCACACUGUACUAAACUUCAUGACAACUGAUAUGUUAGUGGUUUAGUGAUUUUUAUUGAGGAUCAAUAUCUUCACUGUUGGAAGAUAUUUCUUAUACAAAGUAUAUUUUUUAUCAGGAUCAUUUCUCAGAGACACGUGGUUUGUUGACCUUUUUCUAUUGCUUCAGAUCUCCACCUAGUGGACAUUUAGAAACAUAGCAGCAGAAACACAGACACUGAAACUAGUCUGUCCACGGAGGUCCGAGUGUCUUCGGGUUUUAGCUGCUCCCUUGUCCUUGAUUUAUGAAUUGCGGUCACUAAUUAGUAAGGAACUCUCCACAUGUGGUUGUCUUGGGCUUAAUUGAAAGGAAAAGACAAAAAUCUGUAGACACUAGGACCUCCAUGGAAUGAGUUUGACACCCUUCUCUAGAUCAGUGGUUCCCAACCAGUGGUACUAGGACCACUGGGAGUACUUGGCCUAUCCACAGGGAGUACUUGAGAAAAUACUGGUAAAAUGCACAUGAGGGGGUAUUUCAGCAGUGGAGGCUGCUGAGGGGAGGAUGGCUCAUGAUAAUGGCCGGAAUGGAGUAAAUGGAAUGGAAUGGAAUCAAACGCAUGAAAACCAUUUGUUUGAUGUAUUUGAUACCAUUCCGCUCCAGCCAUUAUCAUGAGCGUAUCCUACCAAAUGAAGGUGCCACCAACCCCCUGUGCUUCAGGAGUAGUCCAGACCGAGCACAAUUCAGGUGGGGGUCCAGUUACUGAAAAAGGUUGAACUAUUGAUCUAGAUAUCUGUGUUGCCUCCCACUAUUUCAAAUGUUACUGUUGCCUGUGGUCUUUAUUUUCCAGACACUGAAACUAUUGAAACUUCUGUAUGGCCAACUUCCCUUCUUUGGUAUUCUGUAGCCUCUAGGGAAGUUCACAAGUCUGAUUGAGGACUUUUUUACCGAAGAUUGUGUUGGUUUUCUAUGAUUGUGUGUUGAUGUGAAUAUUUGUCUAUAUUGAUGUAUAUAGUGUGUAUGUAUACAGACAGGGCUCAUCUGUAAAAGAGAUGUCUCCCUGUCAAAAUACAUUUUAUAUAUCCAUCUGUUUUUCCAAGUA